AUGACGUCGCCCAAAGCAACACAGGCCCCUUCGACUCAGUAUGUUUUGCCAACGCUGCGCCCUACAAAACAGUGGGCUCAACAGAUCGCCACUGGCGCUUUCAGACCACCGAAUCCGUUGGUUCACUUGGCACACCGCGUUAGGAGUGACGUGGCAAAAACGGAGGAAAACACUUUACGUUUCUCAUCUUUUCCCAACGCACCUUGCGCAAUGCUCUUAAAUCAGUCUCAGUCCCAGACCCAGUGUACUGAAGAUAUAAGCGACACCAUCGAAAGAAUCAUGAGCAUGAUUGCGAGUGCAGUUGGACAAGAGCGAGACAGAUUUGCUGCGCAGAAGGAGAGUAAUCGUGUUUUAGAGCAGGAGUUGGAACAGGUUCAGAGGCGCCGCAAAGAGGCACAACGUACUUUGCGUGAGUUUGAGAAUAUUUCACUGUCUUUGGAAGCCUUUCACGAGGAACAAUUGCAAAUACUCCAAGAAUUACGAUACCAAUGA